AAACGGACAAUGGAUUAUCGAAAAUGGGAAGAUUAUAAAAUGGGACUAAGAAAUAAGAGAAAGAUACAAAGAGAAAUGGUGGAAAUGGCGAAUAAAGAAAGUUGUGGAGCUUUCUUCACUCUGCAGUCCUUGUAUGAAAACCAAAAGCUACAAAACGCUAGUCCAACAAAUCAAUCUUUUUUAAUCCCUACAAAGACCCAAUACGAAAACAUCCGUCAAUUUCUUACGCCCCUUCUUAGCACUUGUCUUUUCGUUGCCGUCCCAAUAUUCUAUUCAAUCGAUGGAUUCUACUAAACAAAUUAAAAUAUGGGUUUUUUCCUUCUUUUUCUUCAGCUUCAGGAACCCCCAUUUCACCUGCCAAUUUUACUGGGAAUUCUUGACUGGAAAAUGAAGAGGUAUAGGAAUGGAGAAAUAUGGGAUUUUGAGGAAGAAAUGCAGCUUCUUGGAGAUGGGUUUUGUGAUCAGAGAGAAGUCAUAUUGGGAUUGGAUGGUGAUACCACUUGUACUGUUUGUGUUUGUAUGCCUCUUAUCCCUUUUGCUGAUGAUUUACCCGACCCUCCUCCUAUUCUCUCACGAGCAGUUGCUGGAUGCUCCAAUCACAAUAGCGUAGGAGAAAGCGCCGCGAGGGAUGCUUUAGAGCUAGUCAUGGCUGAUGCUCUUUCAAAAGCAGGCUCAGCACGUUUUUGUGUGCAAGCUGUUUGUUUGGCUGUCUCUGGAGUCAACCAUCCAACAGAUAUAGAACGAAUAAUGAACUGGCUUAGAGAUAUAUUCCCCAGCCAUGUCCAAUUCUUUGUUCAGAAUGAUGCUGUUGCAGCUCUUGCAAGUGGAACAAUGGGAAAGCUUCAUGGUUGUGUCCUUAUUGCUGGUACAGGAACAAUUGCUUAUGGUUUCACUGAAGAUGGGAGAGAUGCUAGAGCUGCUGGUGCUGGGCCUGUAUUAGGAGAUUGGGGAAGUGGAUAUGGUAUAGCUGCACAGGCAUUGACUGCUGCAGUUAGAGCCUAUGAUGGUCGUGGUCCAUACACUGCACUUACGCCAAGUAUUCUAAGGAAGCUGGAUCUUUCUUCUCCUGAUGAGCUUAUUGGGUGGACCUAUUCAGAUCCAUCUUGGGCUCGGAUUGCGGCUCUUGUUCCAGUGGUAGUGACUUGUGCAGAGGGAGGUGAUGAAAUAGCAAAUAAGAUAUUGAAAAAUGCUGUUCAAGAAUUAGCUUCGAGUGUUAAAGCUGUUGUUAGAAGACUACAGUUGUGUGGUAAAGACGGAAAUGAUGCAUUUCCUCUUGUUAUGGUUGGAGGUGUUCUUGAAGCCAACAAGAAAUGGGAUAUAGGAAGAGAAGUCGUUAACUGUAUAUGCAAGGACUUCCCGGGGGUUCAUCCUAUUUGUCCGAAGGUGGAACCUGCCAUCGGAGCUGCUUUGCUUGCUUGGAACUUGUUGUCUAGAUAUAGUUGACAAGGGACUUUGAGAAGUGAAACCUAUUCUUACUUAAGAUACUUGAUCAACUGUACAGCGCGUAAGGAUGAACGGAAGGUUAUUUCAGCAUGUAUUUCAGAAAGGAAAAUAUGUGUUUUGUUUUUCCAUUUUUGUUAUAUCGAUUCUUCUUCCUCUUGAUCAAAAUUUUUGUUCAUCUUCUAUAUACUGAGUUGCUAUUAGUUAGUAAAGGUGAAGUUUGUUCAUCAUUUGUUGUAUUCAGCAGAAGUUACCUCUUCCCUGUUACUCUUUUCUCACUCUCCACAUGACUGAGAAAUAGUUGUGUACAUACUUUUUUUUUAUAUUAACGGACAUACGUGUCAUAAUCUUAUCCAUA